AUUAAAAAGAAACAGAUUGAGACUGAGUGAAUGAAAGAGAUGAGAGAGUGAAAAAGAGAGGGAGAAAAAGAGAGAGGUGGGGUAAGUGAUGUCCAUGAGACAGAGAUACUCAACGCAUUUCUGCAACAAAAUUUGAGCAGAGUAAACCGAGUCAGAGAAAACCAUUAAUGCUCCGAAAAAUCUCAGAAAAAAAUGUCAAUGGAAGCAGGCAGCAUGGAGAUUCCCCAAGACAAGAUUGUCAAAAAGGGGUCUUUUAAGAAGAAGAUUGAGAAGCUGAGGAGAUGGAGCACCUCAUCAGGUGGCAGCUUCAAAAGGCCACCAAAAACCAAGACCCUCAGCCUGAACUUGUCUAAUGAACCUGAUGAAGAGCCCUUCAGAGGCGAGACAGAGCGCAGGAAACUCAGACCCAUUGUGGCAUCUGUCUUUGGUCAGGACAGAGAUCUACGGCCAGAGGAAAUUGAAGAGCUUAAGGAAGCCUUCAGAGAGUUUGACAAAGAUAAGGAUGGCUUCAUUAGCUGUAAGGAUCUGGGCGAGUGUAUGAGGACGAUGGGAUACAUGCCCACAGAGAUGGAGCUGAUUGAACUAAGCCAGCAGAUCUGUGGUGGUAGAGUCGACUUUGAGGACUUUGUAGACCUGAUGGGGCCAAAGAUGUUGGCUGAAACAGCAGACAUGAUUGGGGUGAAAGAAUUGAGAGAUGCUUUUAGAGAGUUUGACUCUAAUGGCGAUGGUCAGAUCAGUCUGGCCGAACUGAGAGAAGCUAUGAAAAAGCUAAUGGGAGAGCAGCUUAACCACAGAGAGAUUGAUGAAAUCCUCAGGGAUGUUGACCUCAAUGGAGAUGGUCAGGUUGACUUUGAAGAAUUUGUGCGAAUGAUGUCUCGCUAACUUCCAGAACAUGCAAAAAUUAAGAGUGAGAAAUGAAAUGUGAUGCAGGUCCCAUAAAACAACCACCUUGUAAUUAAUAUAAGUGUAAUUUUUUAAACCAUAGUACUUCUCCAUUCAAAAACUAUUUUUAUUAUGCUUGCUUACACUGUAAAUUUAAAAAGUGAAAAGUUGGAUCAACUUAAAAUAUUGGUAACACUUUACAAUAAGGUUAAUUAGUUAACAUUAGUUAAUGUAUUAACUAACAUGAACAAACCAUGAGCAAUACAUUUGUUACAGUAUUUCUAAAUUGUUAAUGUUAGAAAUAAAGCUGUUCAUGUUAGUGCAUUAACUAAUGUUAACAAGUUUUUAAUAAAGUAUUAGCAAUUGCUGAAAUGAACAUUAACAAAGAUUAAUAAAUGCUGUAAGUGCAGUUCAUUUUUAGUUCAUGUUACCUAAUGUAGUUAACUAAUGAACCUUAUUGUAAAGUGUUACCAAAAUAUUACUUUAAUUUAAAAUUUCACUUUAGUUUCAUUUUAGGUUAAGCGUUACCAAUUAAAGUAAUAUUUUAGGUUCAUCCAACUUUUCACUUUUUACAGUGUAUGACAGAGAAAGAAACUGCUCCAUGUAUGUAUUAUUAAUUCAUAUUUUAUGUUAUGAAAUUUAAAUGAUGUUGUCCUACAAUAAGAUAAAGUCAAAUCAGACUGUAGAGCAAAACAAAUCGAUAUGGAUUGUCUAUAAAUUAAAAAAAAAUCCAUGUUUCUACAUCUGGUCAAAGUCGUAAGGGUAUACAGACCGUAGCCAACAGCACACAUUUUCUCUCAAAUCUUCACACUUUUUCAAUGGAAGCAGACAUAUAAGCAUUCCUCUUAAUGCGUAAAUGCAUAAUCAAUAGAAUAUUAUCUAUGUAUCGCCCAACUCCAGAAAAGUCUGAACACAAUAGCUUGAAGAUCUUAUGUAAGGACUUCUUGCCCUAAAACUCAUGUGUCCCAGUAGAGUAUGUACUCAAAUUUCGUAAACAAGGUUUUUGAUUUUCAAAAUAUGCCAAGUUCACUACUGCAAAGUAAAAAAAACUUUUGUUUAUUGUAAUUUCUGUAUUGAUAAAGUUUGUAAAUACUUAAUUAUUAAUAUUCAAUCAAAUAAAUGGUAUUAGCCUAUAUGGCUAUCAACUCUUAUUUCUGAAUAUUGUUUUCAUAUUUAUAAAAUACAGUGGUGCUAAAAAUCCUGUAGUGAUUUUGACACAGGCACCAAUUGGGUAGUAUGCCAUACACAGGAGACCAGAUAUGAGUUUAGCCUUGAGUGUGUGUGCAUCCAAUGACCCCUCCCUCAGCUCAGGAAUUCCACCUAAGCGGUAUAAAAAUUAUCUAAAUGGAUCAUUCAACAAAUAGAAAAAUAUGUAAAUUGGAGAGAGUUUGUCUUCUUAUUUAUCUUCGGGAUUUUGUGAA